CCAAUGGGGGCGGGGCCAGCGAGCGGGCGGUCUGCGCAGGCGCAGCAAGAAGGGUGGGGAGAGGGCAUGGAGCGCGAACCUGCCGGGUGCCUGGAGCUGCCGUGGCCGGAGGAGCUGGCGGUGGCGGCGGCAGGCGGCGCCGGGAGCGCGGCGUUCACGGGCCUGUGCGUGCGGCUGGCGGCGGAGCUGCGGGCGCUCUGCGCCCUGGAGGAGGACAUCAGCCCCCCGCGGGGCCCCGAGGACGCCGAGACCUUCGCCAUCGAGAUGAGCGGGCUGCUGGCCGAGCUGCGCUGCCCCUACCCCGCGCUCACGACCGGGCCCCCUGCCGCCCGGCUGGCCCGGCCCCAGGCCUGCCUCCAGCUGCUGGGCUUCCUGAACUCAGAGCUGCAGGCCGCACGGAUCCUGCAGCGCCGGCGCUGCGAUGCGCCGGAACUAGGGGCUGCUGCCGAGGUCCGGCAGGAGCUGCAGCUGCUGUGCCAGGUGCUGGACCUGCCCCCGCCCUCCCCGGGCUGCCCUGACGCCCGUGUCCUGGCAGACGUCCACGCCAAGGUGUCUCAGGACCUGUCUGCUCUGCCCGGGGGCAACCAGGAGAUGGCACCGCUGCUCAGGGCCCCCCUGACGUCACCUCAGUGGGAGGUGCUGGAGCGGAUCCACGAGGCGCUGAGGACCGAGUACGAGUGCCGCCGGCGGGUGAUGGUGACACGCUUCGCCGUCACCCUCCAGUCCUUCCAGUGGGCUGAGAGGGCGAAGGAGCACGGUGCGGCCCUGCCGGAUGUGCUGACCUCUCUGCGGCGCGCGGGGGCUGAGCCCUCGGCCGUGACCUUGGCCCGGCUCCUGGCUGUGCGCGCCGACGCCUCCCGCCUCGUGCCCGCCAGCGCCGGCGCUGCCCGGCUCCGCACCUGCUGCUCCGUCAACAAGGUGCUGAUGGGCAGCGUCCCGGACCGGGGGGGCCGCCCCAGCGAGUUGGAGGCCCCCAUGCCCAGCUGGGAGCCGCGGCGCCAGGGCGGGGGCGGUGGUGCCCGCUGGGGGAGGAAGGGCAAGAAGAAGAAAUGAGGCCUCCCACACCCCGCUGGGAGCUGGGGUGGGGGACAAGUGCCAGAGCCCCCCGGUGCCUGGGGGGCAACAGAGGGGCAGGACUCCUGGGUGCUUUGCACUGAAAAGGGUGUUGGCGGGGGGGUGGGGCUAAGACACC